AUGACUAAAGAAGAAAUUAAAGAAGCUGUUGAAGCCUUCUUAAAGGAUAAGUUAGAUUAAAUUUGGUAGAAAAUAAUAAAUCUUGAAUAAAGGUUUUAGAUUUUUGAGAGAGCAUUAACGUAAUAGUAAAGUGAUAUUUCAAAGAACAAUAAUAAUUAAAACACUUAAAUUCUUCACUUGGGAAAGAAAUUUAUUGACUUGCAAAAACAAUUAUAAGCUGCAUAAGAAGCAGCAAAUUAAGUUGUAGAAAUGACUGAACAAAAAAUUUAAGAAACUUAAAAAAUAAAAAAGAAUUAGCGUAAGAAAUUGGAAGAAUUAGAUAAAAAUUAAACUAUACAACAGCAAAUAAAUUCUGGUUUUUCAUAAUUAAUUCAAAGCUAAUAAUAGUAAUAGUAAUAGUAAUAGUAAUAAUAAUAAUAAUAAUAAUAAUAAUAAUAAUAAUAAUAAUAAAAAUAAUAAUAAUAUUAAUUUUAAACUCUAUAAGUUAUUCCUGAAGGCAUGGUAUUUAGAACAAGAAAUGGUACCAAGUAUCAUCUUAUAAAUUGUGAAAAUGUUUAAAAAUAUUAAACUAUGAUGAUAACAAUUUAAGAGGCACGAGAAUAAAAUUUGACUGGUUGUUUGAAUUGUAAAGCAUGA